AUGAGGACAGCGAUGACCUUUUUGUCAGCCCUCUCAACAGGGUAUGAUCGUGUCUGUGAUAGAACCCUGAAAUUUUUUCAAGGCGUGGCCUACAAGUGUUGGGUUGUAGCCUUUCCUUGGGUGCUGGAUUCCCUGCAGACUGGCUCCUUAUUGCCAGAGGAAAACUAUGAAAUUGUGGGAGACACAUCUGGUGGGGAAAACACAUUUGGUGCCAAACAUUCCAGGCUUUCCAGGGAGCACUUGUUCACAGACUUUUGUCUAGCAUGUGUUGGAGACAGCAGAGAGAUGCCCAAAGAAAGCUUGCAUGAGCUGCUGACUGUGUGUGGAGCCACCGUUGUCGAUGAUCCUAUAGGCCUCCUGUCUAAGGUGGCCAAGUUCAAGAUUAUUGUCCGAUGUUCUGAUUCCAGUAUUGUACCCACCAGUGCCGAACUCGACAUGUUUAAUGGAUUGUAUAAGCACAUGGGAUUGCUGACAGUGAUGAGAGAGUGGGUCUUAGACAGCCUUGGAUCCUACAGACUUCAGCCAUUGAUUGAAUAUGUUCUCAAUACUGGUGUCACCAAUGUUCCAUUCUAG